AUGGAGGAGCAGUUGGAGUUGUCGCAGAGAGUUAUCAUAAAUGUAAACGGAGACUUUUGUAAAACAACAAGUUUUAUUACUCAUCGGAGAAUUCACUGGAUUGCGUUUUCAGAAUCAGGAGAAAGGACAUCAAGACCAAUUGGCCAUUUGCAUUUGCAGGAUUGGAUUCAGUGGCCCGAGAUUGAAUUCUCAAUAAACGUACUCGUUAGUAACGUUUUAGGUGUAAAACGUUACUCAGGAGUACGAAAUGUUGCUUCUCUCUUUCUCUUUUUAGUACCCACGUAUACAUUCAAGAGGAUCAUCAAGAACAAAUCGACAGAACAAUUCUCUGGCAUACCUUAUGUUAUGGCAUUUUUGAACUGCUUGCUUACUGCAUGGUAUGGUCUGCCAUUUAUAACAUCAAGCAAUAUUCUGGUUACAACAAUCAACGGGACUGGAGCUACAAUUGAGUUGAUAUAUGUGCUUAUCUUUUUAUUAUAUGCACCCAAUAAGCAAAAGAGAAAAAUCUUAGCAAUAUUUGUAUUAGUCCUUGUUGCUUUUGCUGCAGCUGCGGUUAUCUCAGUGCUUGUUUUUCAUGGAAAAAAUAGAGAGCUCUUUUGUGGUAUUGCUUCCACAGUUUUUUCCAUCGUUAUGUAUGCAGCUCCUCUGUCUAUUAUCAGACUAGUGAUCACGACCAAAAGCGUGGAGUACAUGCCAUUUCUCUUAUCAUUUGCCGCUAUCUUAUCUUGCACUAGCUGGUUUAUCUAUGCCAUACUAGGAAUGGACCCAUAUAUUGGCAUUUCAACAGGUGUUGGCUUGACUUUAGGAAUAGUGCAAUUGAUUUUAUAUUUCUGUUAUUGUGACAAGAAAAUUUUAAACAAGAAGACAUUUGCUGUUGAAGAGUCGCAGCAGAAUAUGGACAACGGUCAUAACAAUGACGUUAAGUUGUAUUUACCAUGA